GCCCCUAGACUGUAAAAGGAAAGUAACAGAGCAGACCAGACCCCUCUCUCCCUCUCCUCUCUCCCUCUCUCUCUCUCUCUCUGACAGCAUCAAAAGACUUUAAGUUUCCAACUUUCCCAAAAAAAACGCAUCACAGCUUACAUGCCCAGUUGCCCUCCGGACCCAUCUCCACCAUCGUCGUGUUCGUCGGAGGCAGAACCACAAGAUGGGUUGCACCCAAUCCAAAAUCGAGAACGAGGAAGCCGUAUCUCGCUGCAAAGAGCGCAAGCAAUUCAUGAAAGAGGCCGUAUCGGCUCGGAACGCCUUCGCGGCGGCUCACUCGGCUUACGCCACGUACCUCAAGAACACCGGCGCCGCACUAAGCGACUAUGCCCAAGGCGAAGUUGAGAACCCCUUACUGUCCCAUCAUCCCCAAUCCAACAUCCCACCCGCCACCAUCGCCGCCGCCCAAUCCAGUUACGAGAGUUUCCCUCCGCCACCUCCUCCGCCGGGCAGCUUACCUACUCUCGCUCCUCUCCAGCGGGCCGCCACCAUGCCGGAGAUGAUAGUGGCCCCAAGCGAUCCGAAGCCAAAGCCUAAUCCAAUAAUUGAAGAAGGAGAAGAGGACGAGAAUGAAAUUGAGGAUGAAGAAUCGUUGGUAAGAAGAAGACGUAGCGGUGGCAGCAGCAGAGGUGGGCAUAGGAAGGAGGCUGUUGUGGAUCAUCAUCAUCUUGUGGUCGAUGAUGACGGCCCACCGCCGAUGCCGCCGUCGCCGAGGAGGACUCAGCCGCCGUCGCCGCCCCGGCAGGGAGAUACUCCCUACGAUUUUAUAUUCUCGAUGGAGAACGUGCCGCGUCCCACUCUGAGUGACGACGUCGAAGAGGUUAACAUUAACAAGGAUGAGAUUCACCGCAAGGAUUUCGAUGAUGGGCCUCCGACUAAGAGAGCAGUGGGUGGUGUUGAUUAUGAAGACGAUGGACGGAGGAGUGCCAAGGCUGAGGCGGUGCCAAUGAUGUCGGAGAAAGCGGUGAUGGAGCCCCCGCCGCCUCCUGAAGCUGUGGCGGCUGCUGUGGCAGGGAAGAGUAUGAAGAAGGUGAAGCAAGUUGGGACUGGGAGUUCGGUGGAUGGGAAAAGAAUGGUUAAAUCCAAUGUUAAUCUGUUGCAAAUUUUUGUCGAGCUUGAUGAUCAUUUUCUCAAAGCUUCUGAGAGUGCCCAUGAGGUUUCCAAGAUGCUUGAGGCCACGAGGCUGCACUAUCACUCCAAUUUUGCUGAUAAUCGUGGGCAUAUUGAUCACUCUGCUAGAGUGAUGCGUGUUAUUACAUGGAAUAGGUCGUUUAGAGGAUUGAAUACUAAUAAUGAUGAUGGGAAGGAUGACUUUGAUUCAGAGGAGCAUGAAACUCAUGCUACGGUAUUGGAUAAAUUGUUAGCAUGGGAAAAGAAGUUAUACGAUGAAGUAAAGGCAGGUGAGCUAAUGAAAUUUGAGUACCAAAGGAAGGUUGCCUCGCUGAAGAAGCUACAGAAUCGAGACCCUAACUCUGGUGCAUUGGAGAAAGCAAAAGCAGCUGUAAGUCAUCUGCAUACUAGAUACAUUGUUGACAUGCAAUCCAUGGAUUCAACGGUUUCAGAGAUAAGUCGUUUACGAGAUGAACAGUUAUACCCAAAACUAGUUCAGCUUGUUGAUGGGAUGGCCACUAUGUGGGAAACUAUGCAAUUUCACCAUGAGAGUCAAUCAAAGAUUGUGCAAGCCCUUAGAUCUAUUGACAUCUCUCAAUCCCCCAAGGAAACAAGCGAGCACCACCAUGAGCGCACUAUUCAGCUAUUGAGUGUUGUGCAAGGGUGGCAUCAACAGUAUGAGAAGCUUGUUAGUAAACAGAAAGAGUAUAUAAAAAGCCUUAACAGUUGGUUAAAACUUAAUCUUAUCCCAGUCGAGAACAGCUUGAAGGAGAGAGUCUCUUCCCCAGCAAGGUCUCAAUCUCCUCCUAUUAAGAUGCUCCUCCAAGUAUGGCAGGAUCAUCUGGAGAAACUUCCAGAUGAGCUUGCAAGAACGGCUAUACACAACUUUGCUGCUGUAAUAGAUGCUAUAAUGCACCACCAACUAGAAGAGAUGAGGUUGAAGGAUAAAUGUGAGGACACAAAGAAGGAGCUUGAUCGCAAGGACAGGCAAUUCAGAGACUGGCAUAACAAAUACCUGCAACGGAGGAUACCAGAUGAAUUGGAUCCUGAUAGGGCAGAAGACAACAUUAGCAAGGAUAUCGUUGCAGAAAAGCAGUUUUUGGUGGAUAUGGUAAAGAAGAGGUUGGAAGAGGAUGAGGAAGCCUACAAGAAGCAUUGCCGUCAGGUGAGGGAGAAAUCUUUAACUAGUCUUAAAACUCACCUGCCUGAGCUCUUCAGGGCAUUGUCCGAUUUUGCAUCUUCUUGUUCAGAAAUGUAUAGGGACAUGCGGUCCAGGUUACAUCAUCAGAAUCGAAGUGAAGGCUCAGCAUGAGAAUUGAGUUUGUAUGUAUAAUUUGGUUGUCAAUUUUUUUUGUUUUUUUCUUUUUACCCGAUAAUAAAUCCAUUUGCUCAUGUAAUUUAUCAAAUGUGACAGUCCAUGAAAAUCGUAUAUAAGUUGUGUUCUUUAAAUCAAGCGGGAAAAAAAAAAAAAAAAUUGAUGUUCAAUUGACAGAGUUGGCACAUUGUCUCCAGUUCUUCGCUGUGCAUAUUUCAUUCUCGAAUGUGAUCUAUAUAUAAGUCAUUAGUAGAUUUUUGUUCGA